UUCUAUGGUAACAGGGACACAGGGCGGUUGUUUGGCUGUGCAGCAGGUGAAGGCAGGGUUAGUUAUGGGGGAUCUGAAGGGGGUCUACCUGUCUGUCUGUGAUGAUCUUCAGCUGGAUCCAAACCCCUGUGUUUCCCGAGUGCUGACAGAGGCGCACAGCUGCAGCAGCGGUAUUUCACUCAGACUGAGGGGGAACGAGCGGCGGAGCGGAGUGAACAGACUGAGCGAUACAGAUCUGCUGCUGCUGUCUAAAACACUUCGUAAUGAAGGGUCUGUGAAAGCUGUAGAUCUGAGGUACAACAGGAUUGCAGAUGAAGGAGCUGGUCAUCUGGCAGAUCUCCUUCAGGAGAAUGAGGCUCUGGAGUCUCUUGAUUUGAUGUGCAACGAUAUUGAGGUUCAGGGUGCAGAAAGACUCGCUAAGAGUUUGCAUCAAAAUGCAACGUUGAAGAGACUGAGAAUGACUGGCAAUAAGAUUGGGAACAAAGGUGCGAAGCACUUUGCCAGCAUGUUGCAAAUCAACACCUCGUUAGAAGAUCUGGACGUGUCCGACUGUGAUCUGGGCACACAGAGUUUGAUUGCAUUUGCCAUUGUCCUUAACAAUAACAGGAACAUUCGUUCCAUCAACAUCAGCCGACCCCUUCUCUUCAGCCUGCAGGAGGAGACUACAAUCCAUAUGGCUCGGAUGUUGGCAGUUAAUCAGACUUUGAGGGAGCUUCACAUGGGGAAGCAUGGCAUGACAGAUUCUGGUGUUGAGAGACUGUGUGAAGCACUGAUGAUAAACUGCACCCUGCGGUACCUGGAUCUCCGCUGUAACAGAAUUUCAAGGGAUGGAGCAAAGUGCUUGGCAGGAGUCCUGAAAAAAAACAACACCUUGGAAAUUUUGGAUCUAUCCUCCAAUCGGAUUGAAGACGAUGGUGCCGUGUAUCUAAGUAAAGCCAUUAUGCAGCCGCACUGCAAACUAAGAGCGCUCUCCAUUACAAGUAACAACAUUGCCACCACUGGACUGGUGUCCCUCACCAAAGCUAUGGUUUCCAAUCCACAGCUGACACACAUUUACAUUUGGGGGAAUAGACUUGAGGAACCAUUGUGUGUGGCGUUCUCCCAGCUUAUUGCCAGUGGGCGAUUGUUGAAGGAGCAUACUGAUGUGUUUCCCUACGAAGUGGACGGUCAUUUUUAUUUGGCUGAAGUGUUCCAUGGUCUGCGGAGGCAUUACUACUGGACACCAAGCUACAGCCAGGACGGAGACCCUGCCAGUAAUGCAGCACUGGCCCUAAACACGUCACAAUGCCUGGAGCUGCAGCCCUGAUGAGCUUCACAAUCUUGCAUUGGUAUCAUCCCAUAUUAUACCAAGGCAUUUGCAGCGUUAACAAAUCAAUAAAGUAAUAUGUAAGGUGAAUAAAAUAUGUGAAUUGAA